AUGCCCCGCUCAGCUGCCUCCCGUAGGUCAGUGGCUGGGCCUCACACUCACGAAAAAGAGUCAGAGGAGCCAGUCCGUUUGACUCGGACACAAUGGAUGGAUAUGUUGAAGUAUGAGGAUGCAGAGGAGGCUGUGGCCGAACUCAUGGAGAGAUUUCUCAACAAAGUCAUGGAUGAGUGUUUCAAGGUGGACAUCAGACAAAAGUUGAUCCCAUAUACUGCAAACUGGGUGAAGAAUGACCUUAUCCAAAUAGUAGAGCAGCGUUUCCUGUGCAGAGACGAGGGAGAUGAGGAGGUUCUGUCUGAGGACUCUGCGGUGGUUCCAACUGAGCCAGAUGCCUGGGCUCAGGGCUGUGUACCACUAAUAAUCACCUCUACUCCACUGCAACCCAUCCCUCCAAAGGGAGAUGUCCAUAAAGAUGCUGCCCCCAAAGAGGUUGAGAUGCCGAUGCUAAACCCAGGAAUCCAAGAGAUUAUAAACCACAACAAAAACGUGUGGAAGCUGAAAGGACACUAA